AGAUCUUCCGCAAACUUUUUUACACCCGAUUGUGGAGAAGGUUUCAUAGUUGGCUAGCUGAAAAAAGCUGCCAGGUCUCAGUCACGACCAUUCUUCAAUUCCUGCAGGAGGGGUAUGAAAAGGGUUUAAAACCUAACACAUUAAAGGUACAUAUGACCGCAAUAAAUGCCAUGACAGAUGGGAAAUUUGCAUCUGAAGCUCUUGUCACCAGAUUUUUUAAGGCUCUUAACAAGCUAAGACCCACUGUUCGUACUCCUGUAGCCUCCUGGGACUUGGUGUUGGUAUUGGAUGCUCUAAACUUAGCUCCUUUUGAGCCCAUUGAAGAGGUUGACUUAAAAUGGCUGUCAAUGAAGUUGCUGUUCCUUGUGGCUGUGACAUCAGCGAAGAGAGUGGGAGAGCUCCAAGCUCUUUCAGCCAGAGAACCCUAUCUUAGGAUCCUUCCAGACGGAGUGAGGCUGAGAACGUUGCCUUUAUUCCGACCUAAGGUGGCCAAUACUACUAAUAUUAAUAAAGAGGUGUUUCUGCCAGUCUUCUAUCCAGAGCCUGAAUCCGAAGAACAAGAGGUUGCAUCGGCUAGAUCAGGUAUCAACAAGGGGAAGAAAGCUUCUAAAGAUACCUUGGCCAGAUGGAUCCGGAUGACCAUCGUUGAGGCCUAUGUUGGUGUAGGGAAGGAGCCUCCAGCACCUUUACGGGCCCACUCAACACAUUCCACGACUACCUCCUGGGCAGAAAGGGAGCAGGUGCCAUUAAUGGACAUCUGUAGUGCAGCAUCUUGGUCCUCUUCCUCCACCUUCGUGAAGCACUUCAGGCUGGAUUUUCAGGACCCAAACCCAGCCUUCAGCACCAGAGUAUUGUCUGCGGCAUGUAGAGAAUAAACCCCCCCUUUGAUUUCUAUUUUAGAUCCCUUCUGUGCUGCCAGAGGGACGAAGAGGAAAGAGG